AUGAUCGCAGUGAUUUUGAUGUUAUUUAUGUUGCAACUCGCAGUCACUCCGUCAGAGAGUAUCGAGUGUCAACGCUUAGAAUGCCACGAGUCCAUGAAAUGUGAACAUGGAUUUCAAGUAGAUGAAGCCGAUUGUCCAAUUUGUGCCUGUAGAGGUUGCGAUUGUCCACAUUUAAACUGCAAUUUGGGGAUGGAAUGUGAAUUUGGACUUCAAGUAGAUGAAUUCGGUUGUCCUAUUUGUGCCUGUAGAGAUCUGACACAAAUCUGACAAUUUGGGACACAUUGGCGCGUUAUACGUACCGGCCAUAUACCUUGGUUUAAGUUUAGCUAUUAACGGUUUUUAGUCGUUUCAAAGUGCCUCAUUUACAUUUUAUAGUUUAUGCA